ACUUCCACUUAUGGACUCUUCUGUGUUGGUCUGCUUCCACCAUGACUCCACUUCUGCUGCCGCUGCUGCUGCUGUCUGCAGCUCCAAACACAGAGUCCACUUCAUCUGAAGGCAGCGCUGGUCUCAAAUUCAUUGUUGCUUUUCCGGAAAACAUCGCCUCCUUUCAUCCAAGUCCUCCCGAAAACAAGAUCUACAUCACCUCCCUGUCUGACGGGACAAGUGUCAAUGUUCAAUCAAACGGUUACCAAAACCAAACAGUCUUGGAAAAACGUCAAACAAGAAUGUUUACGUUCGAUGAAAAGCACGAGCUGAAGAAGUCUGAAUUCUCAAACUUAACUCUCAUAAUUGAAAGCCAGAACAAAUUCACCGUCCACGCCGUCAGCUCCAAAACCAGCAGUGUCCAAACCGCUCUGGUCAUACCGACCGACCAACUGGGAACAAAGUACUUCAUCCCACCAGUCCCAACCAUCAAAGGAACCACAGAGGAAAACGAUGUUGAUGUCACUGAAAGACAACCUUUCAAGCUCACUAUCAUCAACACUGACCGAGACAACCAAGUGACCGUUGAAGCAGACUCCACCAAAACCCUUUCUCUGGAGCCGUACCAGGUCGCCCAGGUCUUCAUAACAGAUGACACGUACCGAGCGGUGAAGGCCGACCACCCGGUGGCGGUCAUCUUUGGUCACACUUGCGCCAUCCGCCUCGACUGCAGCUGUGGCCUGCUGUACACCAUGCUGCCCCCGGCCAACAGUGACACACUCAAAUUCUACAUCCCACCUGCUGUGGCCGAGGACGCUGAAGAUGAAACAUAUAUCCUUCUGUCAAGAGAAGGAUCCACUAAACGAGAGAGAUUUGAUCCAGACCACCCGCUGGUUGAAACUGCUGGUGCAGCUGUCCUCUUCCGUCCAGGCUUGCUCCUUAAUCUGAUCCCAAAGACAGAGUUUGCCGCCUGUUAUGUCAUCAACACCCUUCAAGAUGUGGAAAACUUUGCUGUGAUUGUGGUCCACAAGGAUCAUUCCCAAGGAGUCCACAUUGGAAAGUCUAAUUUAAAAGAUUCAGAGUGGGACAGGCUGCCAAAGACAGACUAUGUCUCCACCAAAGUUUCACUGUCGCAACGCCAGAAUGUAAUCUGGCAUAAUUCUUCCACAAUGGCCGUCUACUUCCAAGGAAACCAGAACGAUACCCUGUUUGGGAAUCCAGCUACGGUGAUCAGUAAAUCCCCAGAUUACAGAGGCUGUGUCUUGACUCCGGAGGUCAUCCAAAUCGGCGAAGACGCAAAGAGCUGGCAGGAAUCCGUGAAGUACUGUGAGGACCAAGGCAAGACACUGAUCAGCUUCCCCGCCGCUGCUCAUCAGACACAGGUCUACGGCAAAAUCAACCAGGCUAGGGGGUUGUGGGAGGUGUGGAUCGGCAUGCGUCGGAGCUCCCUGACUGGUGAGUGGUACUGGCUGAACAAGAAGCCAGUCGGUAAAACCAACUGGGCCCAGGGAGAGCCAGGCACAGCGCAGGACGGCCAGUGUGCUAUCAUGAGUGUUCAAUGGGGCUUCGGCUGGAGUGACAAGGACUGCUGUGCAAGAGCCCGUCCUGUCUGCUACAAAGAACCAGAAUUAUUAUUUCACAUGGAGGGGUCGGUCCAGGUCUAGCUUUGGCUUUGUAAUCAUACUCAACAUUUUUAGUGUUUAGCAUUGUAGUAUCUGAUGUGGGAGACUGGGUUAGGGUUAGGUCUGAGUCUGGUCUUUGUGUAGAGGACAUCUAUAGAAGUGAACCCUGAUAGGUUAAAGGACAUUAUAUCCAUACAUUGUGUGUCUUCAGCUGAUAAUACAGAUAGCUUCAAAGCAAUGUGUGCUCACAUUUAGUGUCAGAGGUUUGAGGUGGGAUUUGAAUGUUUGGAGGUCAGUGGAGUUGCAUAUGUGUUUGGGGAGGGAGUUCCAGAGGGUGGGGGGCAGCAAUGGAGUAAGCCCUGUCGCCCCAGGUUCGGUGCUUGGCCCUGCAGGGUGGGGAGAGGAGGUUUUCAUUGGAGGGGUUGUGAGGGUGAAGCAGGUCAGAGAGAUAGGAGGGUGCCAGGUGGUCUUUGUAAGUCAGGAGGACAGGGGGAGGAGUCUGAAGUGAAUGCGUUGGGGGACAGGAAGUCAGUGGAGGUUUUCAUUGGAGGAGAAGAGAGCAUGGGAGGUGUUGUGAGGGUGAAGCAGGUCAGUGAGAUAGGAGAGUGCCAGGUGAUGGAGGAGGAGGAGUCUGAAGUGAAUGCGUUGGGGGACAGGAAGUCAGUGGAGGUUUUCAUUGGAGGGGUUGUGAGGGUGAAGCAGGUCAGUGAGAUAGGAGAGUGCCAGGUGAUGGAGGUCUUUGUAAGUCAGGAGGAGGAGUCUGAAGUGAAUGCGUUGGGGGACAGGAAGUCAGUGGAGGUUUUAGAGGAUGUGAUCACAGGACAGGGAGUGAGUGAGUAGACUGGCAGCUGAGUUUUGGAUGUACUGGAGUUUAUUGAGGACUUUGGAUGAUGAGCCGAAGAGGAUGCUGUUGAUGGAGCCAGAGUGGUGUUAUCAAAUGUGAGGGAGAAGUUUUGGGUGGUUGUGGUGAGGGAUUUGGGGCCGAUGAUGAUGAUGAUGAUGUCUGAUUUGUUUCAGUUUAGUUGAAGACAGUUUUUUUGCAUCCUGGUUUUAAUUUGGGUAAGACAGUCAGUGAGUGUGCUGAGGGAUGCAGAGGUGAUGGAUUUGGUGGAGAUGAUUGAUUGAUUGAAUAUUCAUUUAUUGCACCGCCUUGAUUUGAGUGAGGUUAGUACACAGAAAUGCAAUGCUACUAAUAAUUUGGCAUAAUCAUUUAUUUCAGGGUUUCAGUUUUGGGCCUUGGUUUCCUCAUUUUCGGUGCAUCCCUGCUUUAAGAUUGAAUGAGUCUCCUCUUUGAGCAUGGUGUCUGUUCUCUCUCCCUCUUUAGUUUCAGUGACUCUGUAAAGCAGCUUUAUCUGGAUAACACAUUUCAUACUCCAGGGCAACUCAAUGUGCUUUACAUUCAAAUAUUAAAAGCUUUGGAAACAUUCAGACAAGCAUACAAGAACACAAUUCAAAUGAAACAUAGAAAAGAAAAGGAAAAUUAGAAAUAUAUUGUAUUUAAAGUGAGUUAAAAUAAGCUAAGAUAGGAAGUCUUAGAGAGCUGCAGCUCAGAGAUGCUCUCUCCAGCUCUGCUGCUGAUGGACAAGAUGUAAUAUUAAAUAUCCUCCAUGUUGUUUACCCAAUGAGUUAGUAUGCUAACAAUAUCAUAUUUUAUUAAGUGUAUCUUAUUGUACAGUUUCCCUCUGAAGUGUGAAAUCAUACUGUUGUUAUAGAGUAGGAAAGUUAUACUUUAAGUGUGUUUACUAUUCAGGGUGUCACAUUAUAACUCAUAGAAUGAUGAAUAAAUAUUAAAAUGAAGAUUUCCCAUGACUAACCAUGUGCAGGGUUUAAGUCACAUUAACAAUGAAGGACUUCUACAGCAGACUGUCUUCACUAAGUGGAAUUACUACAUUACCACAGAGUGUAACACUGGCUGCAGAGAAGGAUUAUAACACAUCUAAAUGUUAAAUUUAUUCACUUAAAGCUUCAUUGUGUUUUUCAGUGAUGUCCCUGAAUCUGUGAAACUGAAGAAUUCAAACAUUUGUUCAGGUUAUAUUUUUGUUUUAAUUGAUCAUGUUGGAAAUGCUUUCAGAGUUUGUCAGUUAAUGAAUAUUUAAUAAAACAAUAAAACUUC